AUGGAACAAGACGAUUGGACUGAUUACUUCGGAGUUCAAUACAAUAUAUCCCAACCAAUGAUACGAACAGACUCCAAAUAUGUUGAUUCACAACUCAAAAUUAACAACAGUUUUACUUUCAACACGACUGAUGUAACUGAGUUUUAUAAGAACUUCACCAACGACGAUUACUGCACAUCGAAUAAUUCUCAUUCAUAUUUAAAUGUUACCUGCGAAUUUCCUAUAAGUUAUGCUGAACCUAUGUAUGGAUACAUAGCACCGUUUCUACUCGCGACCACAAUUGUUGCGAACACUUUAAUAGUUGUUGUCCUUUCUCGACGUCAUAUGCGAACUCCAACAAAUGUUGUACUUAUGGCCAUGGCAUUAUGCGAUAUGUUCACCAUGCUUUUCCCGGCACCGUGGCUAUUUUAUAUGUAUACUUUUGGCAACCAUUACAAACCAUUGAGUCCUGUCCACGCGUGUCAGGCUUGGCAUUACAUGAAUGAGGUGAUCCCUGCAAUGUUUCACACGGCUAGUAUAUGGCUCACUCUAGCUCUAGCAGUUCAACGAUAUAUCUACGUUUGUCAUGCACCUGUAGCUAGGACAUGGUGCACAAUGCCUAGAGUCAAGAAGUGUCUGAUUUAUAUCGGAGUAGCAGCCUUCCUUCAUCAGCUACCCCGGUUUUUCGAUCACCAAUACAUCCCCCAUCUAACUUAUUGGCGAGGGCAUAUGGAACACGUAUGCGAGGUGGAGAUAGCGCCCUGGGUGAAAACAAUCUCUUUGGAUGCAUACUUCAUCACCUACUUCGCAUUCAGAGUUCUAUUCGUUCACUUAAUACCGUGUACGUCUCUCGUCGUUCUGAAUGUGCUGCUGUUUCGAGCGAUGAGAACAGCACAAAUAAAUAGACAGAAAUUGUUCAAAGAAAACCGAAAGUCCGAAUGCAAGAGACUCAGAGAUUCGAACUGCACAACGCUUAUGCUUAUUGUCGUAGUAACAGUUUUUCUUAUGGUAGAAAUACCAGUAGCCGUUGUGACUAUACUACAUAUUAUAUCGAGUACAAUCGUUGAAAUUCUAGACUACCAUAUUGCAAAUAUUUUGAUAUUAAUAACGAACUUUUUUAUAAUCGUUUCCUAUCCCAUAAAUUUUGCUAUCUACUGCGGCAUGUCGAGACAAUUUAGGGAGACAUUUAAAGAAUUAUUUAUCAGAGGAGCUGUCACAAGUCGUAAUGGAGGUUCGAGCAGAUAUUCCUUAGUUAACGGCCCUAGAACUUGCACUAAUGAAACUGUACUGUAA